CACAAACUUGUCAUGUGGGUUUCAUCCACAUGUCAGCGAAAUGAUUAGAUUUGAAUGUCGGCAGUUUCAGCUGCUGGAGAAGUGAAAGAAAUGACAGACAGCACACUCUGAGCUUAGUCAUGACGGUUAAAGUAGGCCACUUCUAAUAAUAACGCAGACCGCCGAGGACCCUGCAAAACAAAAACAUGGAGGCAACACACUAGAGACAUCAAGGACACUCACUCACACCGACAGAAAUGGACGACCUUGAGCAGGAAGGCAUUAAUGAAGAGCUGAUUGAGCUUGCCAUUCUGGAGAGCAUUCAAGAUGCCUACAAGCUGCGGUGUUCAGUGCCAGCAUACUGGAAACAGCCAAACAGUGAAAACUUUAUGAAGAUCAUGACGGCGAUAGAUAAAGGCGAUGUAGCUGCACUGCAGGAACUGUCGUGCUGCGCGUCUGCCUUCAGAGAGAGCGACAGCAGGGGCUGGCUUCCUCUGCAUGCAGCAGCUGCUCUACCAAAGACAGAAAUGCUGCAUGUGGUGCUGCAGGGUAACAAGAGCAUCGAGGGAUUCAGCCCAGCGUUAGAUCCUCAUCAUCCAAACUGUAUUUAUUUGUCACCCCUUGCAGCGAUGGCAUCCAUGGACGCGACGCUAGAAGAGCGGACGAAGGACGGGGACACGGCGCUGACCCUGGCAGCAGAAGCCAACCAGGUGGAAAACAUGAAGCUGCUGCUGCGGCACGGAGCCUCGCCGCACAACACAAACGGCAGGAAUGAAUCUCCUCUGCUCCUCGCGGUGAGACAGAGCUCGUAUGACGGCGUUCAUUCCCUCAUCAUGGGCGGGGCCUUUGUGGAGCAGGUGUGUCUCACAAAGUGGACGGCGACUCAUGAGGCUGCGAAGGUGGGUUGUCCAGCUAUUCUGAUGCUGCUGCUUCGCCACGGAGCCCAGGUUACCGUCAGAGACGGUCACGGCGUGACCGCUAUGGGAAUUGCAGCGGAGCACGGUCGGACUGAAGCCCUAGAAAUACUUAUACAGCACGGGGGGGAUGUGAACGCCCGAGCCAGCAAUGGGGACACGGUCCUGUAUGACGCGUCUGGGUCAGGAAACCUGGACAGUGUCAUGGUCCUUCUGCAGCACGGAGCCAACCCAAACGUGGCCAGCUACGCCUGUCAGCUGCCCAUCCACAGGGCCGCGUAUGAAGGACACACGCUAGUCCUAAGAACUCUGAUCCCUGUCACCACAAAGAGAGCGAUCCGUCUCUCAGGCCAGAGCCCGGUCCACUCUGCUGCUGAUGGGGGACAGACUGAAUGUCUCCAGCUCCUCAUCCAGAAUGGUUUUGACAUCAACACACAGCUAGAUAAACACAUCUCCGAGAACUACGGCGACCUGAGGAAGACUCCUCUGUACUUUGCCGUCUCCAAUGGUGACGUGACCUGUGCUGAGAUCCUGCUGGAAGCUGGAGCGAGAACAGACCUGGAUCCUCUGCGAUGCAUCUUGGUUGCCAUUCGGGCAGAGAGGUAUGAGUUGGUGAAGCUGCUGCUGUCCUACGGAGCCGAGGUGAACUGUUAUUUCAGAGUGAUCAACAACACCGUGUUCCCAACUGCCCUCUACUACUGCCUCAGAGACCACGACAUGCUGCGAUUGCUGCUCAACAGCGGCUAUCAGGCUCACAAAUGCUUUGAGUGCUUCCAUAAUAAAAGCGAAGACUUGGACAGCACCUGGACUGACCUCCACAAUCAGGCCUACAAGAUUUACUGUCAGCCGAAUGUCAUUCCAUUUUGCGAGUUCGUUUCCGUGUCGUGGCUCGCCCAUCUGGCAGGCAGCGUCGUAAGGAUCCUUCUCGACUACGUCAGCCACAUCAGCAUCUGCUCCAACCUGAAGCGCAUCCUGGAGAGGACUCCUGAGUGGGAGGAGAUUUCCGCCGUGCUGGGAGAACCUCGCCCCCUGCAGCACUUGUGCCGACUCGUGAUCAGGGGCAGAAUGAACGUCAGGACGCUGAACGACCCGGAGGCCAUGGAUGCUGCCCCUUUUCCUCCCAGACUAAUCGGCUACCUGACCUACAGGGCGGACGACCCGUAUGGGGGACUCUAGUGACAACAAGAUCCGAUCUGCAGCAACAAGCUAGGAAUUUUGUAAAUGUGUGCAUUUUGUGCAGUUUUUUUUUUUGUCAAACCUCUACAGUUUUUACCUAAAUCUCCACUUUCCUGUAUUUAUACUGUUUAUAACAUUGUUGUAAAAGUUGCUGAAGUAGAAGCGGGAUGGAUGAAAAAUGCAUGCAUGAGAAAUAAAAUAAGUGAUGUCUGGUAAUUCUGAUAAUCACGUAUCAGUAAUCAGUUGACUGCAAAGCUAUUAGCCAGAGAAUACAGUGAAGUAGAUGAAAUAAACUGCAGAAAAGUGCAACAGAAUUUGAGACAAAUUUGCAGAACCUAUGCGAAUGCAUUGUAAUGCCAGUGAAGCUGUUAUGGAGCACAUUUCUUUUAUUCUCACUACAUACCCGAAUGUAUAAGAAAGUAAAAGUAUUGUUUUACACAACCAA